UAGAAAACAGUUGUGAGAAAGUAGUGAGAGAAAAUCCUCCCAAUUUCUUGGCGAGUCCGGGUUCGACUAGGCCUGGCUGGCCGUGCCGGCAUCUGCGCCGGCGCGAGUAUUUUUUCUUCAGGUUUGAUGGCAGUUGAAUCGGCGGUUUCGGGUGCUGAGUGGAUCCCUGUCAAGCCUUGGGCGGAGCUUUUUGGCAUCGCCGAGGCAAAUCGUCUCGCAUAUAUUCCGCCGGAGGUAUUCAAGGGGGGGAUUCGCAUGCCGAAGAUUGUUUGUGAUGAAGGAGCUGCCCGAUGGAAGCACAGUCUGGUCGGUCAGUUCCUCCAUCCCUCUCCACCUCCUCUCUCGAAAUUCCGACACUGGGCGAAUAAAUUGUGGGGGCGGGAUGGUAUUGUUCGCGUUUCUUUGCUUGGCAAUCAACUGAUUCUUAUUCAGCUCCCAACGCAAGAAACCUGUGAUUGGAUUCUGAAGAGUGGGUCUUGGUUCUAUUCUGACAAUUUGAUAUAUCUUCGACCAUGGACCCCGGGGAAUGAUGUUGAAGAUUUGGGGAAUAAGGCUCUUCCUAUCUGGGUUAAGUUUACAAAUGUGCCGCUGGAGUAUAUAAACUUUCAGGGUAUGAGUCGAAUGGGUAGUUGGCUGGGGAUCCCGCUGGGUGUCGAUCACACAACGAGGAUGGGUGGUCGUCUUGGCUGUGCGAAGGCUCUUGUGGAGUUGAAAGCUUCGGGUGAAUUCCCUAAUUAUGUUCUUGUAUGGCCAACAGAUGAUCGUUCAAUUAGGGUGGGUGUGGCUUAUAGCCAUCUCCCUCCAAUCUGUGGGCACUGCCAGUCCUUUGGUCUCAACUGUGGUUGUGGAAAGAAUGAGCGUGCUCUGAAGGAUAAGGGGAUCCAAGAGAGCAGGGAAGUGGAGCGUGUUUGGGUAAGGAAGAAGGCUGUGGGUGGCAAAACUAAGGGCACUCCUAAUCAUAACAGUGGUAGUCCAGUCACGAUGGAUAAGGGGAAGAGUGUUGUGUCUGACUCUAUGCAACAUUCUAGACUUUUGAUUGGGUCUAACUGCGUUGGUAUUAACCUGGAGCACACCUUUCAGUCAGUUGCGGAAUGCAGUUCACCACAGCUUCCAACAGAGGAUGAAUUCCAAAAGGUGGUUAAUGGAGCAAGGCUUAGAUGUUGGUUACCUCUCCUUUGUCCCACCAGUGUGUUGCAGACGACUCAAUCGUUUGCUGCCCUGCAGGGUUUAGGAGACAGGGAGAUUACACAGCUGCAAGCAGCUCCUAAGAAGGGUGUGAGGAAGGGUGGGGGUUCCCAAUCCCCUCCAGGAUGAAGAUCUUAUUCUGGAAUGUUAGAGGGUUUAACAAGCCCUCUAAGAGAAGGGACUUCUCACAAGUCCUGAGGAAGUAUAAGGUGGAAGUUGUGGCUAUUCUGGAAACUAGGGUAAGGAAAGUAAAGUCUGAUGAAACUGUAGUGGAUUUCUGUGUGGGGUGGAAGAAGUAUCUCAAUUAUUUUGAAAGUGAUCUUGGGAGAGUUUGGUUAUUCUGGGAUCCUGACAUUGAGCUUAGAGUUCUUGCACCUAGAAGGAAUUAUGUGCAUUGUGUGGCUCGUGAGUUGGGUGGUGCUAGUUGUUUCAUUACAGCUGUGUAUGCUUCGAAUGAUGAGAUUGGGAGAAGAGAUACCUAUAGGGACUUGGCAAGAUUUAAACUCUCUUCAGCCCCAUGGAUAAUUGGAGGGGACUUUAACUCUGUCUUGUCCCCGGUGGAAACUUCAAUUUGACUAUGGUGAAUAGCUGUAUGAUGGAUUUCAAAAGCUGGGUUGAUGAUAUGGAACUUGUGGAUCAUCGAUCAAAUGGACCUUACUUCACUUGGACGAACAUGCAAAAGGGAAACCCUAUUGCCAGAAAGCUAGAUCGAGCCCUUGUUAAUGAGGCCUGGUUUGAUGCUUUUCCUAAUUGUGGUAUUGAGAUCUUAGUAGGGACUUUUUCAGACCAUUGUGGAGUAUGUGUUGAUACAAAACCAGGGCAAAAAUCUCUUCCUAAGCCGUUUAAGUAUUUUGAACUUUGGGCUGGUCAUCCUGAUUUCUUCAAAAUUAUUGAGGAGGGAUGGUCUACUCCUGCUCUAGGGAAUCCAUUACUGGUUGAAAAACCAAGCUUAAUGCUGUCAAGAAGGGGCUGAAGAGGCUGAAUAAGGAAGUGUUUAAUGAUAUAAGUGGGCAGGUGAAAGAGGUAGAAGGUAAACUGCUUGCUGCUCAAGAGUUGGCUUUGUCCAAUCCAUCCGGUGCUUCUUUCACUGAGGUAGAAGAUCUAAACAAGCAUCUCGAGAAACUGAAGAAGGCCGAGGAAAGUUUUUAUUGGCAAAAGUCUCGGGUUAACUAAUUGAAGCUUGGGGAUCAAGGUACCAGAUUCUUUCACCAAUCAGUUAAGAUCAAAACGGCUCGGAAUGCUAUAAGGAAGCUAGUGCUUGAAGGGGGUGAGGAGGUAGUGGAGAUGGAGAAAAUUGUUGAUGAGAUGGUGGAUUUUUAUAAGAAAUUAUUUGGCUUCAUUAAUCCGGAGGUACAACCCUGCAAACAGUAUCUGGAGGAUCUUGUGAAACUUAAGUUGAGUGGUGAGCAGAGGGAUUUAUUAUGCCAAGGUUUCACAGCGAUGAUGUGAGGAAGGUUGUGUUUAACAUGAGUGCUCAUCGAGCCCCUGGUCCUGAUGGAUUCUCGGCUGGUUUUUACAAGCGCACAUGGGGGAUUAUUGGAGAGGAUGUGACUGCUGUGGUACUAGAUUUCUUCACUACAGGUAAACUUCCUAGUAGCAUUAACUCUACUGCUGUGUCUUUGAUACCAAAAGUGGCUUCUGCUUGUAAGUUGAAAGAAUUUAGGCCAAUUUCCUGUGUGAAUAUUCUCUACAAAAUCAUUGCUAAGUUGAUAGCAAACAGACUAAAGAAGGUUUUAGCUAGUGUGGUCAGUGGAAACCAGUCAGCUUUUAUUGAAGGGAGGAGAAUUGUUGAUAAUAUUUUAAUGGCUCAAGAGCUAGUAAGUGGUUAUCAUAAAAGUACCAUUUCUUC